AUGCUUCAAUUCAUUGGAUUUGGUGUUCAAGUCGAAUUGAGAGAUGGAAAACUCAUUCAGGGUAAAAUUGCCAAAGCUACUUCAAAAGGUUUAACUUUGAAUGACGUCAAGUUUGGGGAUGGUGGAACUUCACAAGCAUUUAAAGUUAGAGCUUCGAGAUUAAAAGAUCUUAAAGUGUUGACUGUGCCACCCUCAAAGAAAGAAUUCGAAGCACAUAAACAGGAACAGCAGCAGGGACAACAACAAGAGGAACAAACAAAAGAGCUAGACUGGCAAGAUGACGAGGUGUCAAAAAUCAAACUGCAAGACGAUUUCGAUUUCGAAGGCAAUCUACGCAUGUUCAACAAAAAAGAUGUUUUCGCAGAAUUGAAGCAAAAGGAUGAAAUCGAUCCGCAAAAUAGAUUGGUCUCUCACAACGUAAGGCAAACAUCAGCGCAUAGCCAGACUAAACUUCAAAUUGAUGAGAUGGUGAUUCCAAAUGCUAAGAAUGAUGCUUGGGACCAAUUAUCGUUCGAAGCUGAUAAUGGUGAUGAUGAAGUUGAUGAUGAGGACGAUGACGAUGAUGAGGAUGAGGAUGAUUACGACACUAAUGAGACUACCUCCGCACAAUAUAUGCCUGUUACCAAAUCCAUAAAUAUCACCCACUUACUUCAUAAAGCCUCGUCAGGAAACAAGGAGAAGGAUAAGGAUCAAGAACAGAUGCUAAGCCAGUUGGAACACUUGCUGAUGAAUCAAUCAAGAUCCAAUUCGUUUUCCAACGUUCCAUCGCCGUCUUCAAAACCAGCACUUCUGAAGACAAAAGACACAAAAAGAGUGGUCCCCAUGGCUACCCCAGUACAGUUGCUAGAAAUUGAGCGUGUUAACUCAGAGCAAUAUGGAAUUUCUUCAAGCAUAAUGCUUGAAUGUUUCGCAUUGAAUGCGUCUUUCUUUCUGAAACAAAAACUAGGUGGUCGUGCUAGACUUCGUUUGAAUAACAGUAACCCUGGUCCAUUAGUUAUAAUACUGGCCUCCGACUCUACCCGAUCUGGAUCUCGUGCUAUGGCACUCGGGAGACAUUUAUGUCAGUCAGGUCAUAUUCGUGUAAUUGCAUUGUUAACCUGCACGUCUAAUGAUUUGCAAGAUUCUCACGUAAAGGAACAGCUGGAAAUUUUUAAGAAAUGUGGCGGUAAAACUGUCAAUAGCAUCUCCGCAUUAGAAAACGCUAUAGAAAAGCUGAAUAGCCCCGUCGAAAUGAUAAUUGAUGCAAUGCAAGGUUUCGAUUGUAAUCUAAGUGAUUUGUAUGAAAACAGUUAUCUUGCAGAGGACUAUGAUAACUUCGCAUCUUCAGUCAAGGGUCGCAUCACAGCUAUGAUUUCGUGGUGCAACCAGACCUUGAAUAAAAACGCGAAGCAAAUUUGGUCCUUAGAUAUACCAAGUGGUUAUGAUAGCGGAUCAGGCUUGAGGAAUUUCGAUUUGGCCGUACAGGCGACAGGUAUUCUGAGUACUGAAUGGCCGUUGACAUCAAUUCUUAAUAUCAAGGCAGAUUUGCUCCUUCGUCUACAGGAAUGCGUAGUAAUAAACAUGGGCACACCACAAAGAAUAUAUAGUCAAAGAACAUCGCUCCGCAAAUUUCAAGCAUGCGAUCUUUUCGCAACUGAGGGGUAUCAAUCCUUAGAAUUGUGA